AUGAAUGAAAGAAGAUAAUAGUAAUUUAAAGAUGCUUAUGAGAGAGUAUAAGAAAUAAAGAAGAGGAUACAUAAGACUUAAAUACAAUAACCAAGAUUCCCUUGGCAAUUUAUGUAACUAAAGUAUAAUCUAGAAAGGUUCCUUUAUAACAUUUAUAUGAACUUAAAUUUAAAGCAAUUACCUCAAUAGAUUCCAUAAAAUUUAAGGAUAGUGAAGCCAAGGAAACCAAAAAAUUGGUUUGAUGACAUUCCAAUUUUAGUAGGUGUAGAUGAAAUCACAUAAGCAGAGUAUAAAUAUUAUAUGUAAUGAGUAGAAUUUGUACAAUAUGUUUAUAAGAGAUAAAUGAUAAAGAUUUAAUCAAAAUUCUAAAAUGCAAUCAUUAUUUCCACAAUUAAUGCAUAAAAGAAUGGUUGAUUAUAAAAGCAGAGUGUCCAACAUGUAGAGACAAAAUAUAAUAAUAUUGAUU